UUUCCAUAUCUACCCUUCAUUUUUCCUCAAAUUCGAUCUCUCUCCUCCCUCUGCUUCACCAAUAAAUACGUAGAGAGAGAGAGUUUUUGAGAACAUCGUCGUCACCAUGCCUUCCGAGCUAACUCAGGAAGAACGAUCCAAACUCACCCAAUCCAUAUCCGAGUUUCACACUUACCACCUCGGUCCCGGAAGCUGCUCCUCGCUCCACGCGCAGCGAAUCCACGCGCCGCCGGAGAUCGUCUGGUCAGUCGUCCGUCAAUUCGACAAACCGCAGACCUACAAGCACUUCAUCAAGUCCUGCUCCGUCGAGGAAGGAUUCGAGAUGCGCGUCGGUUGCACGCGCGACGUGAUCGUGAUCAGCGGGUUGCCGGCGAACACGUCGACGGAGAGGCUCGACAUGCUCGACGACGAGAGGCGGGUGACGGGGUUCAGCAUCAUCGGAGGCGAGCACAGGCUGAAGAAUUACAAGUCGGUGACGACGGUGCACAGGUUCGAGAGGGAGAGACGGAUCUGGACGGUGGUUCUUGAGUCGUACGUUGUGGAUAUGCCGGAAGGGAACUCGGAAGACGACACGCGUAUGUUUGCUGAUACUGUCGUUAAACUCAAUCUGCAGAAACUCGCGACGGUCACUGAAGCUAUGGCUCGUAACGCCGGCGACGGGAGAGGUUCUCGGGUGACCUGAAAGAGAAAACAUAAAAUUAUAUGAAAAUGGAAAAUCAAUUUGUUUUUUCUUUUCUCUAAAUUACUAUAUUGGGAUAUGUUAUUUACGGUGGUCUUUUAUAGGAUUCUACUAUUUUGACUGUUCGCUUUUAACCUUAUAGUUUACCUUUUGUCAGUGUUGAAAAAUAGUCUUAUUUAUCUAAGAGCAUUCCAACC